AUUUGGGCACAGCCGCCCCAACCCAAAGGAAGGACUUCCCGCUUCUCCCUCAGUUUGUCUGAAAUUGACAUUUCCGUUUCAUUUCAACUUUCAACUCUUCAAACUUCAAAGUCAACAACAACGCUUCUUCUUCUUCUUCUUCUUCUUUCCGAUCUCUCACCGCGUUUUUUAAUUAGAGUGUAGCAUAUCAUAUACACUAUAGCUUGUUUUCACCAUGGAAAAUCAACACUUGUUGGAGACAAAGGAAGCAAGUUCCCAUGCUGUUGAAAAGCUGCAAGUGGAUGCUUCUGCCAUUCAGAAUGAAGAUCUGGAUAAAGGGGCAAAAGCUCAGGAUAUUGGUCAUGAUGGCCCUGAGUUUGACAGUAAACUGGAUGAUAUAUCGGACGCGAUAAAGGACGGCAAAGAUGGAAGGUCUAAGUCUGAUACUGAUGAAGACGUAGAGACCAAAUCUGAAAUUAAAGUCAAUAAUGUUGGACAGGAGUAUUCUGGUGAGCCUAAAAAUGAAGAAACAAAUCUAGAUGGCAAUUCAGGACAGAAUGAUUUGGCGAAAGAAGAGGAUGGCAGUAGAGACAAAGAAUCCACGCAUACGGAUCGGAAGGAAGAUGAAAUUCCAAGUGAGGACAACAAUUUGGAGCCUGUAUUUGAUGGAACAGAGGUUCCAGGGUUGGAAGUUAUCCGGAGCACAUCUACCCGUAGAUUGGAUGGAGAUCAGGACAGUCCAGGUGUGGUUGAGAAGGCAGUAGCUCUUAAAAAUUUUGUCAGGGAGAAAAGUGCAGUGGCAGUCUCCACUAUGCUACGUCGCCUUUCUGGAAAAGGUGACGAAGCUUCUGUGGGUAAUUUUGAUGAUGAAGGCAAGGAUGUUUCAAACAUCUCAGAAGUCAAUGAAGCCAAAUUGGUUUCUGAGAAGCCAGUGGAGAAAUCUGCCUGGAAUCCCUUAAAUUAUAUUAAGAAGUCGUCUGAUGUUGAUGCUGAAAACAAAACUGAGCAGAGGGAUUCAAUAACAGAUGGUCCACUGCCACCUUUAGCCAUUAAAGGAAGGAUUAUAAUGUACACAAAACUAGGGUGUCAAGAAUCUAGUGAGAUUAGGCUAUUUUUACGUACAAAAAGGCUUAGGUUUGUGGAAAUCAAUAUAGAUAUAUACCCCAGUAGAAAGAUGGAGCUGGAGAAGAUGUCUGGAUCUACUUCUGUUCCCAAGGUGUUUUUCAAUGAAAUAUUUAUUGGAGGCUUGAAUGAGCUAACAAUCUUGGAUGAGUCUGGACAGCUUAGCGAGAAGAUUGACUUUCUUACUACUGAAGCACCACUAUUUGAAACCCCAUCACCACCAUCUUCUGAAGAGGAUGAUAUUUCCAGCAGUGGAGCAAUUGAUGAAUUGGCUCUUAUUGUACUCAAAAUGAAAGAAUCCAUUACUGUGAAGGACAGAUUGUACAAAAUGCGCAGGUUCACCAACUGUUUUCUGGGCUCAGAUGCUUUAGACUUUUUAUCAGAAGAUCAAUAUUUGGAAAGACAAGAGGCUGUUGAAUUUGCUCGAAAGCUUGCCAGCAAACUCUUCUUUCGACAUGUUCUUGAUGAAAACCUAUUUGAGGAUGGUAAUCACGUGUAUCGGUUUUUGGAUGAUGAUCCAAUUGUUGUGUCACAAUGUCACAACAUUCGUAGAGGCAUCAUUACCAUCACUCCCAAGCCUUUAGCAGAAAUUGCAUCAAGGCUGAGGUUUCUAGCCUCUGCAAUGUUUGAAGCCUAUGCUUUUGAAGAUGGAUGCCGUGUUGAUUAUACAAGCUUGCAUGGAAGUGAGGAGUUUGCAAGGUAUCUGAGAACAGUGGAAGAGCUCCAAAGAGUGGAAAUAUGGGAUUUGUCUAGAGAAGAGAAACUUGCUUUCUUUAUUAAUCUUUAUAAUAUGAUGGCCAUCCAUGCGAUCUUAAUAUUGGGUCAUCCAGAUGGAUCACUGGAAAGAAGAAAAUUAUUUGGAGAGUUCAAGUAUGUUAUAGGUGGCUCCACCUACUCACUUUCAGCUAUUCAAAAUGGCAUAUUGAGGGGAAACCAGCGACCUCCAUAUAACCUUAAGAAGCCAUUCGGUUCAAAAGAUAAACGCUCAAAGGUGGCACUCCCUUACCCUGAGCCUCUGAUUCAUUUUGCUUUGGUAUGUGGCACCCGAUCUGGGCCUGCUCUCCGGUGCUAUUCUCCUGGAAAAAUUGACGAAGAAUUAUUGGAUGCAGCUCGCAAAUUCCUGAGAAGUGGAGGCCUUGUAAUUGAUUUGGCUGCAAAGGCUGCAUAUGCUAGUAAGAUCCUUAAAUGGUACAGUAUAGAUUUUGGCAAGAGCGAGGUUGAGGUGAUCAAGCAUGUGUCAAACUAUUUAGAUCCAGCUGACUCAGAAAUAUUAUUGGACCUGCUUGCCUCUUCUGAGUUGAAGGUGACAUAUCAGCCUUAUGACUGGGGUUUGAACUGGUAGAUCGUGCUAUCAAAGUUCUGUAAAUAGGUCACCUAGAUUGCUUUUGAUCUUCUAUACACAAAUGACCACAAAGAAACGAAAUGAAUGUCCUAUGUUGGCUUCUCUGACUAAUUUUAUAUGUCUCUACAGAAGGGUAGAGUGGUAGGGGAGGAAGAGAUAAGGCCUAAGAAUUAUUUGUUUUCAUUAUUUCCUGUUCUUCUAUAUACCGUCUUCCUGCUAUAUUUUCGUACUUUUUAUUGUUUGGUGCAACUUAUGCUGGUCAAUGACCUCACUGUACUCUGCAACCUCGAACUAGGGAUGCAGCUGGUUUACGUUUUUAGGCUAGUGAUUGAUGCCAACCAUUUUUUCCAGAUGGUUUUGUGCUUCGUCAGAACUCAAAAAUAAUGUCUCAAAUCUUUAUUAUUUUUCCUAUUGCCUAUUUAUACUAUUGAGGCA